AUGGCCGAGACCUUGCUAUGCAUCCUUCUCGUCACCUCUUCCGCAAAGGGCUCUAAUCUAGUGUAUCAUUGGCCGCCCUCACCUACGACUGUGCCCCGCCUCGCGCGGCCUCUGCCCGCGAACGACUUUCCGGGUGCGCUCGCUGACAAUCCAUGGCGCGCAGCAAACAGCCCAGAUAACGCCGCGGACGGCUCCCAGCCCACACUCCCCCGGCUCGCGGUGGACGAUGACACGGAGUACUACUGGCAGCGCCCCCGUCUCCGACGCGACAGGUCCGUCUCCUUCACGCAGCCAUCCUCACACCCCACCUCCCGGCGCACCUCGCCCUCAAAAGAGCCCAAGGACACGCACGACCUCGACGGCAUGCGCGGCGCCUCCACCGCGAGCCCGCGGCGCGACGCAGCCGGCGGAGGCGGAGGCGGGGGCGCGGACGAGUACGGGACGCUGCUCGGGUACUCGGGCGAGUUCCUCGCGCAGAUCCUGUGCCCGCAGCGCUCGAUGUGCCACCAGAAGUUCGAGCUGAUCGUGGACGACCUCGCGUUCGUCGGGCACCCCGUGUGCGCGGACGCGGACGGCAGCUGGCGGUUCCAGGCGGAGAAGGCGCCGCGGGCGGCCGCGCGCGGGCGCGGCUCGAAGAAGGGGCAGUCGCCGCAGGAGGAGGAGCGGCUGCUUACCCCAGAGCGGGCGGCGGAGGCGGGGGCGUAUGCGCGGGAGGCGCAGGUGCAGGCGGAGGCGGGGGACGCAGUGAUGCAGACGUUCCACUUCGUGGUCGUGCUGGACUUGCCGGACCCGAGCUCGUCUGCGUCGGGGAACAUUGCGAAAUAUUUUGAUACGGUGUAUGAGCAGGUUGCGUUCAACGUGACUGCGGUACUGUAUCAGGAGCAGGUGCUGAGCCGCUAUGUGGAGGCGCAGUCGGAGAUGCUAGGGUCGCUGAGAGAGGACUUCGCUAACAGAGGGGAAUCAUUCGCGGACUUCAUGUAUGAAGCUCUCAAGGUGUCCACAAUCGCCCCCGUAAUGAGGACGCUCUACGAUGCUAUCAAAGCAAACUCCAUCGCUCGCGUGACAAUCAACGAACUUCCCCUAGAACUGCAGCUUCCGCCCUACCUGGACGCGCUCCUCCACGCCGACGAGGAAGUGGAGCCCGAAGAAGAGCAGGAGGACGAGGACUGCGAGCCGAAUGCGUGGGGCCCAGAGAUGAGCUUUGCGUGGAGGCUGCCUGCGCUUACCCCUUGGAAAGCGCUGAUCCGGCUGGAUGACGAGGAAGAGCAGGGGUACCAGCUCAACAUGCAACUCCGCGCCGCGCAGCUGAAUCCCGAGGAGAGGGAGUUGGCGGAGCAGCUCAUCAGGUUCUUGGACCUCGCCUCGGUAUCCCUCAGUCUUGCAGAGAUGGCGAGCUUGCUCGAUUGGCAUCUCGAGUCGCAGGUGUACCCUGCCGUGCGCUGGCUAGUUCUCCACCGUAGGGUGAAGAUAGUCGACGUCGUGCAUCUCGGCUUGAAGACAGUGUUCUCCGUGCCACAGAAAUUCCCUGCGCCGUUGGCUACGCUAGCCGCCGAAUUCGCGCGCACUUUCGCUCACACCGAUGUGCCGCCGCUGCCCAAGCUCCUCGCUAUGAUAUCCACCGCGACACACAAACAAACUGCAAAUCACUUCUACGCAACGGUCGUUGGCUCGAAAGACCUCAUCCCAGUGUACAACAGCGUCGUGCUCUGGAUGCUUAAACGCGACCUCCUGAUCCGUCUGCACCUGCGCAUCCGCAUCAUCGCCACGGAGCAGCUGAAGAGGCGCGUUCGGGAGCAGUGGGAGGAGCGUCGCGCGCACAGGCGGUCCCGGUCUCGGGCGCGAAGCAUCACACGUGGGCGAGAGCGCUCCCGGGGCGCGAGCUACGACGGCCCGCGUGGGGGAGCUUCGAGCGAGAAGACAGGUCCGGGGCUGGAGACGGUCACGGAGUCGAGUCCUGUCGAGUACUGGGUGUCUCUUUCCCCGAAGACGGCGCGCAAGCAGGCGAGGCAGAGGUCUCCAGAACCACUUGGCAGUUCUUCUGAGGAGCGAGCUGGAAAGGAGAAAGAGAAUGAGGAGAAGCCAGACGACUUCGACGAGGAUCUCCUAUCAAGCAGCGCGGACGAGGGGAAAUGGACGGAGUACUUCGAGACCGGCGGGAGCGACAGUAUCCCGUCCAUGAUCAGUGAUCCUGCCCGCGCCACUCCUCUGGAGAGGCGGUGGCUGGCUGCGAUGUGCGAGGGCAAAGACCCGCAUAUCGCUGCUCGGUUUGAGCGCAUUCAUCAGUACUUCGAUGGCAAGUGCUCCGACGAUGAAAUCCUGUAUCGCGCAGAGAUUCAACGCAAACAUCUUCGAGAGGUCCUACAUCACUAUGAUGAAUAUCUGCAAACGUUCCUUCAUCCCUCCUAACGGGAACUUCCCCCCUACUCCCCCGGAUUGCUCUCAUCUAUGUACCCAGCCCAACAACCUCUCCGCCUUCGAACAGUCAAAGAACCCCUUGUGCCCGCGCAGGUCCUUCCCCUCCUUCAACGGCACGUCCCGCCAAUACGUCUGCCACAGCUCCUCUGAGUCCUCGUUCGCCGACGUGUCUGGGGCGACGAUGAAGAAUGCCUCAUGCCCCUUCCAUCGCUCAUUCUCGCCCGUGACGGCGAGCAGAAACGCCUCCGCGGCAGAGUCCUCCUGCACGUACCCCCAGAGGUCGCUUUUCCGCCGCCGGGGGUCAUCGCGCAGCGCAUCCUCGCGCGUCGGCAGCGACCAGCUCAAACGCAGGCUCGCCACGCGCAUGGAUGGGUAUCGACGCACUAUCGUGUCCGCCUGGAGCUCGCAGAUGCUACGGGUGGUGCAGGUCAGCACGGACGGAGGACGCGCGGCGCCGGAACGCGACGUACACUUUCGAGAGGCCGUACGGCUCGUCGGGGCGGCACGGAUGGUCCUCGUCGAGCGGAAAGUAGUCAAAGUCGUGGUGGUCCGUCCAGGCGAGCGCGAUGACGUUCACCGAGGACGCCUGCGCGACGCGGGUGAUGCCGAGCUCGGCGGCCGCGCGGAGGACGUUCCACGAGAUCACGACAUUACUGCGACGCGCACCCUGGUUAGUGUUGGCGUCCCUGCCUUCGCUGACUGGAGGACACCUACGUGUUGUGCGUGAUGACCUUGUAGUCCGUGGGUGUGCGCACCCCCGCGAGCUGCACGACGGCGUCUGCACCUUCGAGCGCGGCGAGCGUCGCGUCGAAGUCCAGGAGGUCGACGCGCUGGAACUUGAACUUCGGCUGGGCGCCGUCUUGGGGCUCGUGGAGCAGCCGCCCGGCGAGUGGUUCGGAACAGGGUACGGUGUCGAUUCCAUGCACGACGUGCCCCUGCGCGAGCGCGGCGAGCACGACGCGCGUCCCGACAAAACCGUUGCAGCCUGUGACAGCGAUCUUCAUAUGCUGCCCGUAGUCUUAACAGGCGUGUGGUAGCAGUUGCGGUAGAAAUGUGAAGGUGUUCGUGAAACCCCAGUCCGACGAGGCGUUCGGUGAAUAGAGACACAACG